GGUGCUCAGGGCUAACAAGUUUCGAUACGUAUGAGGGAUGUUGGCACCUGCAGCUCGCGACCGUGGCCCAACCUGUCGUGUGCAGCUGUUUAUUGGCGCAGCACUCUUUAUCUUGGGCUUCUCUGUGGGGACGGCUCGCGAGCGGUGGGUCAAUCCCACCCACCCUGCCCCCAGCAGCAGGGCCAUUCAGCCCACGGGGCUUUGGCGAACGCAUUCACGGGCUGCGGAGGAGGGCAGCACCUUGGAGGAGUCCAGCAAUCAUGCCGACACAGCUGCCGCCGGAGCAUCAGCCGCAGCAGCGGCACAGGAAGCGGCAGCGCGGGCGGCAGCGGCAGCAGAGGAAGCGGCUGUAGCAGCAGCAGCGGCAGCAGCAGGGGCGAAACCGUGUUCCGAGCCUGUGGUGUCGCUGCCAGAAAACAUACAGGAUUUGAAUCAGAGGACGCAACAGUGCAUGAAGCUGGGCAUCGAGUAUGCAGCGAAGCUCAAACAGUUUGCGUUGCGGAAGAAGCAUGAGCUGCACACAAACCAGUGGAGCACGCAGUUUACAUCGCCCAUCUCCAAGGCUCUGCCCCGCGCCUUCCUGGAUUUUGCACAGUGGUCGGGUACCGACAAAGUCACCGAUCACGCCUACCACUACGCUUACACGCGCUACCUCUCCCACGUCCGUUUCACUGACCUGCGCAUGCUGGAGAUUGGGCUGGGCUGCGAUAUGGGCUACGGUCCUGGCGCCAGCCUCAAACUUUGGCAUGCCUUCCUGCCGUGUGCCAAGAUAUCGUUUGUGGAGUAUGACCGGGACUGCUCUGUGAAAUGGAAAGACUCCGUGGAGAAAGAGGCUGGCGGCAAGCUGUACAUUGGGUCUCAGGACGACCCUGCAUUGCUGGGUGAAAUUGUGGCGGAUGCCAAGGCUGAAGGCGGCUUUGACAUGAUUGUGGACGACGGCAGCCACAUCCCCCAGGAGCAAAUGUCAACACUCCGAGCGCUUUGGCCUGCAAUCAAGCCUGGGGGCAUCUACGUCAUAGAGGAUUUGCACGAUCACUACUUCUUGCAAAGACCGCUGGAUGGCUAUGAGCCUCCCGAGCUGCCCAUCCCACUCUACCAACGCCUGAUUCACCUGAUCAACUGCCGUAUAGAGAGCUUCUACAAGUUUGAUGUGUCCGGCAGGUCGUGGUGUCGGAAUGAGGUCCAGCUGUCCAUGUUUGAGACUGGCGACCCAGGUGCCGAUUGGGACUUGCUGCAGCGCAUUUCCUUCAGCAACCCUGAGGACUUCUGGCCGCACCUGCUGGCGCUGCUGUGUAUUCGCUUCCAUAAGCCACCCCACAGCGCACGCUUGAACAUAGCAGAGUGUGCACUGACAGGGCGGGACCCUGACCGCCCCGCCAUCGUGUGGGCUGACGAGGCAGCGCCCCACGUGCUGCAUAGCAUGAGCCUGGGCCAGCUGGCGACCCGCAGCGCGCACGUCGCGGAUGCCCUGCGUGCCCUGGGCCUGAAGCCAGGCGAUGCUGUGGCCAUUGACAUGCCACUGACGGCAGAGGCUGUGUGCAUCUAUCUGGGCAUCGUGCUGGCUGGCUGUGCUGUGGUGUCCAUCGCCGACUCGUUUGUGGCGGACGUCAUCCUGCGUGGCGGCAAGGCGCUGCCGCUGUAUGCGCGGGUAGCGGAGGCGGGGGUGCCGCAGGCCAUCGUGCUGCCGGCGCAGGCGGGCGGGCAGCUUCAGGUAGACCUGCGCCGGCAAGAUCUGUCCUGGGAGCGCUUCCUGGGGGCGGUGCCGGAGCCAACCUCCAUCACUGCACAUGUGGUGGACGCCGCGGAGAUCACCAACAUCCUCUUCUCAUCUGGAACCACAGCGCUGCUGAAUAGCGCCACCAUCGCCCUCUUCCAGGGCAGCCCCCUGGGCCGACCCUUUGGCGUGUUCGUGGAGCGAGCUCGCGUCACGACGUUGGGUCUGGUGCCCAGUAUUGUCAAGGCAUGGCGAGCCACUGGCUGCAUGAAAGGCCUGAACUGGAGCUGCCUGCGCUGCUACAGCUCUACGGGCGAGGCAUCGGCACCAGAGGACUGCCUGUGGCUCAUGGCACGGGCCGGGUACAAGCCGGUGAUUGAGUACUGUGGCGGCACUGAGCUGGGCGGCGCCUACUUUUCGGGCAGCCCGCUGCAGCCGCAGAGCCCCUCCACCUUCUCCACGCCGACCGUUGGCCACCGCCCCGUCAUUCUCUGCUCCCCUGCGCAGCCCGAAGGCAGUCUGACCCUCAGCCCCCAUGGCGACACACAACCAUUGACUGGCGAGCUUGCCCUGGCUGUGCCCUGCCUGGGAGCCAGCCAACAGCUGCUGAACAAGGACCACCGGCAGGCUUACUACGAAGGCAUGCCGCAGAUCCCUGGGGGCAGGUGGUUCCUGCGGCGGCACGGCGAUGAGGUGGAGCGGCUGCCUGGCGGCGCGUACCGUGCGCUGGGGCGUGUGGACGACACCAUGAACCUAGGUGGCAUCAAAGUCGGCUCGGUCGAGCUGGAGCGGGCGUGCGUGGAGAACGUGGAGGGGGUGGUGGAGGCAGCGGCGGUGGCCUGUCCCAGCCCCGGCGGCGGCCCGGAGCAGCUGUUCCUGUUCCUGGUGCUGCGCACUGGAGCAAGUGCGGCAUCGGCGGAGCUGAAGAAGCGGUGCCAGCAGGAAAUUAGCGGCAAGCUCAACCCGCUGUUCCGGGUGCAUAAGGUGCUGCUGCGCCGCUCCCUGCCCCGCAACGCCAGCAACAAGGUCAUGCGGCGGAAUCUGCGGGAUGAGCUCCUGCGCAGCCAGAGCAAGCUGUGGCGCUGGCAUGUGCUGCGCGAUUGGGGACUCUACAAGCACUUCCCCGCCUGCGCCAAGGGCUCCCGACUGGUGAACACCGCUGAGCUGGACCCGGCGCGGCGCUACGUUCUGGGCCUGCACCCGUACGGCGUCAUGGGCAACGCAUCCGUGGUGGCGCUGGGCACCGACGGCAUGGGCUUCUCCACCGCCUUCCCCGGCAUCCGCCUGAGCCAGGCCAUUCUGGAUUUCAUCUUCAUGACGCCAGGCGCCCGCGAGAUCAGCCUGCUGCACGGCUGGUGCGGCGUGUCGAGAGACAUCCUGCUGGCGCGCCUGGCGGGCGGGCCAGGCUCGGCCGUGUGCAUAGUGGUUGGCGGUGCGGCAGAGGCGCCCGGCACCAUGGACCUUGUGCUGAAGCGGCGCAAGGGGUUUGUGCGGGUGGCGCUGGAGGCGGGGGCCGACCUGGUGCCGGUGCUGGCCUUUGGCGAGAACGAGGCGGUCCACCGAGUGCGUGUGACCCCUGGCAGCUGGCUGGACUGGAUGCAGACGGCCACCAAGUUGUUUGGGUUCACGCUGCCGCUGUGCUAUGGUCGCGGGCUGCUGGGCCUGCGGUAUGGGCCGUUUCCAGAGCCUGUGCCGCUGGUGACUGUGGUGGGGGCGCCCUUGCGCCUCCCAGCCUUCCACGGUGAGGCUUGUGAGACGUCUGACGAGCAGCCCUGCUUUUUCCACACCACACCGGGGGCGUUCACCCCACCAAAUCUGCUUUCCUAA